UUUCAGGCGAGUGAUUUCUUAUCACUGAUAAAUUCAUCACGAAUAUAAAUUUCAUUUACUCCAAAAGAAAAUGAGAUGGUCAUUUUUCAAUCUUAAAAGGUCCAAUUGCCCAUCAUUGUAUCCUCAAAAUAGUUGCAAAGAGAUUGUUGGAGAUGAGGGGUUCAGUUGGACUUAGAGGUUUAAGGAGCAAGAGCCGUCCCAGCUUAGGCACCAUAUAUACUAUCUAUAUUUUUACCAUUCUCUUGGAACUUUUCGAACGUUUUUAGAUCCAUCUUUGGAUCAAAAUAUCCGUGAAGGCGUCUUGUUAAUUAAGUUAUACUCCGUACAUUUUGUAAACGAGGAACCCUAAAUCCCAAAAAUUCUGGAAAUCGAACGCCCGGCAAACAGAUCCGACUAUCAGCUUACUUCCCAGCUGCGCGUCGACGCCACUGCGGAGCUUACCUCUCGCCGCCUCCAUCAACCCUUCUUCCCGCCAAUAUCCCAUUAAGUCUCUGCAACCGGGCACAACAACCCAUCAUCACCGCUCAAUACCUGCCGCCGGGAAAUAACUCCAUUCCGACGGAGCCUGCAUAUAUCUGACCUCGAGUCCGAUCGAUUAUACGCCACAUGGAAUGUCCGGCACGUGCCCAUGGCGUGCCCGACUAGUGUCCAACUCAAUAUGUGUCCAGGUUUAGCGUGCCCGCGCCUUUAAUAGGGUAUCAUUAAUUCUAUUCAGUCGAUUCAUUCAGUUUCUCAAUGGGUACCAAUGAUUUUGAUGGAAGGGUAAUCAAAUAUACAAUCUUGGCCGGUGGGUGCCCUUGAAAGCCAGGGUUGCCUCUGAACAUGCAAUCUCUGCGUCUGGUACGCAGAUUUGGAACUACACCCGGUGUUCCAGUGGCCGCCACCGUUGCAUCUAAAGACAAACUCACCAUUGCUACUAAUAAUAGAUCGAUCGCCAAGAAAAAUCCCAUAAAGGUGGACGAACCUGCUCUUAUAAAGCUGAAAAAAGAAAGAGAUCCCGAUAAGCUGUUUCAUCUGUUCAAGGAAAAUGCACACAAUAAGCUUGUUAUUGAGAAUCGGUUUGCAUUUGAGGACACAGUUUCUCGCUUAGCCGGAGCUGGCAGAUUUGAUUACAUUGAAACCUUACUUGAGCAGCAGAAGGCUCUACCACAGGGUAGACGUGAAGGUUUUAUAAUUCGCAUUAUAAUGCUGUAUGGGAAAGCUAGAAUGGUGAAACAUGCUAUCGAUACUUUUUAUAAUAUGCAUUUAUAUGGUUGCCCAAGGACUGUUAAGUCUCUUAAUGCUUCUCUCAAGGUUUUGGCUCUGUCACGUGAUUCAGAGGCAAUUUUGUCAUUGCUUAGAGAUGUUUCUUUGAAAUUCAAUAUUCGUUUAGAUAUAUUUUCAUUAAACAUUAUCAUCAAGGCAUUUUGCGAAAUGGGUAUUUUGAAUAAGGCUUAUCUGGUAAUGAUUGAGAUGGAAAAGGAGGGAAUUAGUCCAGAUGUAGUUACAUAUACAACACUUAUAUCUGCCUUUUACAAAAUUAAUAGAGCAGAGAUCAGUAAUGGCUUGUGGAAUCUUAUGUUGCUGAAGAGAUGCAUGCCUAACAUUGCAACUUUUAAUGUUAGGAUACAGUUCUUGGUCAAUAGAGGACGAGCAUGGGAUGCCAAUAAGUUAUUGGAAUCAAUGCAUAAGCUUCAGAUAAAUCCUGAUGAGAUUACUUAUAACUUAGUAAUCAAAGGAUUAAGCCGUGCCGGCUUUCUUGAUGUGGCUAAAAGGGUCUACUCUUCUAUGCAUGGUCAUGGUUUGAAGUCUAAUGAAAAAGUUUACCAAACCAUGAUUCAUUACCUCUGUAAAGCCGGAGAGUUUGACUCUGCUUAUACAAUGUGCAAAGAUAGUAUGAAAAAUAAUUGGUUCCCAAAUGUAGAUAGUAUUAUUAUUCUACUUCAAGGGCUACAGAUGCAUGGUGGAUCUGUUGGGUUGGGAAAGGCUCGAUUCAUCAUCAGUUUGGCCAAGAGAAGAGUUCCUCCCUUUUCUGAAGAUAAAUUGAAGGCAAUGGAGUCCCUAAUAUCAAAAUGAGUAAUAGAGGGAACUGGACUGCCAGCCUCCUUGUUUAUGCAGCUCAACUGAAGCUGAAAGCUGCCCUCAUUCUAAUUUUUGGUGGACCAUAGAUGCAAUGUAAUGGAUGAAUAACUGCAAAAUACAAUUAUUUAUUGUAUUUUUGCAAAAAAAAUGGCAAUCCAAGAGUUCUGAAUCUACAACAGUGGUGACAUAAGCUGUAAGGUUAAUGUAAGAGUGUCAUAUUAAUGCGGAUGCAGAAAGCAAUUAAAGAAUCUAUGCAUCACAGAUUUUUUGAAGAAAUGGGAAUCAGUGAUCCACAUAGCACAUGCUGACACGCAGAUAUAUAAUUGAACAGUUGUAGUUAUACAACUUACAGAAGCUUUGUUGCACAAUCAAGUUGAAGAUAUGGUGGUUGGAGGGAGUAUCUUCACUAAGGCUCUGUUUGGAUGGAGGAGUUUGGUGUAGAAGGCUUUGGCGUGGUUAAGGUAUAUCUUGUUAUGGAUUCGAGAAAAGUUCAAUCACUAAUAUAAUAUAUACCGAUAUAAUAUCUAAUCCACAUUUUUUAUGUUUUGAUCAACAUUUGAUUUAUCAAGAUAAAGACCAAGCCUUCCCCUUCUAAAGCCUCCCAUCAAACAGGCCCUAAGUCCACAACUCUGUUGUCUGAUUCGAUACUUGUGAGACCUGAGAUUUGCUGCUCUAUGAGUUGUGAUUGAGCCACAUGAGAAACCAGUAUAUACAUUUAUAUGUAUAAAUUGGAUAUCACUAUUAUUAGUGAAGUUAAAAGUGCUGCUAGGUCAAUGGUUUUGGCUUGGUGGUAAUGGAAUGCCUUUUCUGUAGAAGCUGAAGGCUGAUGAAACUAUGAAGAGGACAAAAGAGGAAUGAUUUCCCAACUUGUGUUGGCUUUGCGGCAAUUUUUUAGUAUUACACACGCAGUAGAUACUUGCCAGAUGAUUGUAGAGAUGGCCAUUGCUUAAUGAUUACUGUGGGAAUACCAUUCUUGAUUUUUUUGGUGUACUGGUAAAUAACAAUUAUUUUGUGUAGAUACAUGUUUCCUGUAUAGGAAUUCUCAGAAAGGGAAAGGAAGAGUACCCGAAUUGUAAGUUCGCAUAUGGGUCAUUUUUCAGUUUAUGGUAUCCACAUCUCUUAAACAGUUUCUAAUUUUGCUUUUCAUCUGUUAC